AUGACACAGACUGUGUUUUUGCAUGACUUUCACCCCAACAGGAAAAAGAUGACCUCCAGCCGCAGGCAUCACCUGAAGAGUCUGAUCCUCCAGAUUGCUCUGAACUGGAUUGAGCAGGAGAAGAAGGACAAUGUCGCCGCAAAAGAGGCCUACAUGGCUGAGCACUGCCCCCCUCCAGAGUUGAGCGGAGACCAGAACGCCCUCAUGGAAUACUGCAAAAAGCUUCAGGCCACCAUCGACAAGAUUGACGAGGAGAGGUACGACGCUGAGGCCAAAGUGCAGAAGGCCGACAAGGAGAUUGAGGACCUGAAGAUCAAGGUGGUGGACCUGAGAGGAGUGAAGAAGCCCGCCCUGAAGAAGGUCCGCAUGUCCGCAGAUUCCAUGCUGCAGGCUCUGCUGGGCUCCAAACACAAGGUCACCAUGGACCUGAGGUCCAACCUGAAGCAGGUCAAGAAGGAGGUCAAAGAGGAGCCCACAGAGGCGGUGGGUGACUGGCGUAAGAACAUUGAGGACAAGGCCGACAGGAAGAAGAUGUUCGAGACUUCCUAA